AGCAGGACCAGCGGCGACCAUGGCGCUGCGGGGCGGCGGGCGCUGGGCGCGCCUGGGCUCGGCGCUGCGCGGCCGCAGCUCAGGGCCGCGGGACGCCGGGGGCACUCCGCAGCACCGCGACCUGCGGGAGGCCCUCAGGAAGAUCAUUGACAAGGAGAUUAAUCCAUUUGUGGACAAGUGGGAAGAAGAAGGACAGUUCCCAGCACAUAAAGUGUUUAAAAUCCUGGGACAGGCUGGAUUCCUUGGUGUGGAUAAGCCAACAGAAUAUGGUGGCAUGGGCUUGGACUUCUCCUAUAAUAUUGCAGUGGCAGAAGAGCUGGGAAAUAUCCGCUGUGGAGGUAUUACUAUGGCUAUUGGAGUGCAAGCUGGCAUGGCUACUCCUGCUCUUACAAGGUUUGGUUCCCAUGAGUUGAAAAAACAGUUCCUCAUACCAACUAUAGCUGGUGAUUUUGUGGCUUGCUUGGGAAUCAGUGAAGCUGGAGCUGGGUCAGAUGUUGCAAAUAUCAAGACAACGGCUGUGAGAAAGGGCGAUGAAUAUGUCAUAAAUGGAGGGAAGAUGUGGAUUACAUCCGGGACCCAGGCAGACUGGAUGUGCCUCCUGGCAAACACCAGUGAAGGACCUCCCCAUCGAAAUAAAUCUCUCAUAUGUCUGCCAAUGAAUCUACCUGGCAUUCAUGUUGCUAGAAAGAUAGACAAACUGGGUAUGAGGUCAUCAGACACAGCUCAGAUAUUUUUUGAAGAUGUAAGGGUCCCCUGCAAAAACCUCAUCGGUGAGGAAGGAAAGGGUUUUACAUACCAGAUGUUGCAAUUCCAAGAAGAACGGCUGUGGGGAGUAGCCACUGCCCUGACACCACUGGAAACUAUAAUACAAGAAACUAUUGACUACACCCGCCAGCGGGAGGUGUUUGGCCAGCCUGUCCUGCACAACCAAACCGUGCACUUCCGCCUGGCCGAGCUGGCAACCGAGGUGGAGCUCCUGCGCUCACUGCUGCACCGUGCCGUGGCUCUCUAUGUAGAAGGCAACGAUGUGACAAAAUUUGCUUCCAUGGCUAAGCUAAAGGCAGGUCGUCUGACCCGUGAAGUGACUGAUAGCUGUCUCCAGUUUUGGGGAGGAAUGGGAUUCACCAGUGAAGUUCUGGUGAGCAGGUUUUACAGAUAUGUGUGAAACUGGAGUUCCUCACUUGGCUUCUGCAGUAGUCUUUUCUGACAGCAGUCUCCACCCACUUAGUCACACUAGAUACCAUGUGAGAUAUAUGAGAGAUGUAAUUGUUUCCAGCAAGUUGUUAGAUCAUUUAAAUGGUACAGAGGCCUUUUUGAAAAUUAAUUGAAGUAUCUUCAAGUUUUAGUCUAUAUCUACUUAGAGCAAAGUUCUCCCUAAGCAAACAGCUUUCUUGGUAUCUGGCCCUAGUGUCUUAUAUUCUGUAAAAGGACCAAAAUUGACCUUGCAUUCUCUUGCCAGUAACAGCUUUCUGUUCAGCCCUUACAUAGACAAUACCUAAUCCAAAGUUAGCCAAAUAAGUGGUUCAGUUAGUUGAAGGUUUUGGCAAAUGUGUCUAUAUAAACUGAGAGCAGAACACUUGAGAAAAUCUGCAAAAAGCUUGUUUCUUCUUAGGUAGGUUACUUUUUCUGUUUUUAAUAGCAUUUUAUGAACAAGAAUGCUGUUGUGGUAAGUCAGAGAGAUCCUCAGUGUUUUCUGACAAGUGGAUUUCUAAAUUUUCUUACAAAGGUACAGACUGCUUUAUGAUGGUGGUUUUAAGCCAGCUGUCAAUAUGAUGGUUUUUCUUAGUUACUUUUUUCACAGCCUUAUUUUAACAACUAAUGGUCACGGAUGAUGGAGACAUUAAGAGCACAGUAGGCAAUCUGAAUAAAAUGAAUCCCUGUCUUGAAGCACUUACUGUAAAUGUCGUAGUCUGUACAGAUUAAUGUGUACCUGCUUUUACAUAGCUUUAAGAUUUCCUAGCCCAGUAUAGUGAUGUUAACUGUGAGCAGGGCUUUUCUGUGUGGAUUCCAGAGCGGUUUCCAAGUAUACCAGCACAGUGACAUUUUUCCUGAGAAGACAUCCAGAGUGUUUCCUCUUGGCGUACAAAGUCAGCUGGCUAAAGAAAUGUAUCUUUCCAUCUCUAAAACAAACAUCGUUCUAAAUGAGGCUAAAGGCAGUGUGAUAUUUAUACUCUGAAUUUUCUAUGAAUCAGUAAAAUUCCAUCAUUGAGUAACCAAAGGUCCAGGAAGGGACAAGGAGAGUUUUACCUAAUAAAACACCUACACGUUCAAGUCAGAAUCUUGUUAAUCUGUAACAAGCAAAGCAGCAACUUCCCUAAAGCCGUUCUUUUUAGUACAGCAGUCUGAGUAACCAUUCACGUCACUGUGAUGUUUGUCCAGUAGCAGCAGUGUAAUUGCACAGCAGGACAUCUAGUCCUAGUGUACAAACAUUUUUGUAGCAUAAUCUUUACGAAGUUCCCAAAGAAAUGUUGCUUAGUCUUCGACAGAUCAGGCUGUUACUCACUCCUCAAAGAACAUGCGGCACAAUGUAUGCUUAGUGCAUGAAGUCUCUGAAUUUUAGUUAUUAGUGUCAGAAGUAAACAGAAACAGCACAAAACUGUUUGCCAAGUUACUUUAUUCAUAUCUGUCAUUGAAUCAUUAACAUUUUAAACUUUGUAGAACAACUGGCAUUUCUUAAGUGCCUAAUCUCUAGAAGGCAUGAAGAGAGCUGCUUCACCAUGUAGGUGCCUAGACUGGGUUGAUUUUAUAUAUGUAAAUGUCUCAUUUUCAGUUGUACAGAUUCUAAUAAGGAAAAUAGGUUUUAAAAAAAAAGUUUAGAGCCCAAAUAUCAAAAGGUUUCAUAGAAAAAUACAAGCCAAUAUAAAACCCAUAAAGAAUGGACUUUCCAGUCUGUACCCUAAAAGCAGCAUUCUGGAGAAGGAGAGCACUAACCUGGAGUCAUGCUUGUUUAUUUUUCUCUGUCUGAAAGGUUUUAAAGACAUCAUGAGUUGGCAAAAAUGAAUUACUGAACAAACCCAUAAGCUAUAUGAAAAACCCUGUUUAUAAGAGAUCAGGGGAAAGAAACCUUUUAGUAUCAAGUUUACUGCAAUUUUUCAGAUUUCAUGAGUUUUAAAAAAUUUCAGGUAGUGGUCCAUAUAUUUUAAUAGUAAUUAUGUACACUUCAAUUGUUAUAGGAAGAACUUACGUGGUCUUCUUAAAAGAGUUUGGGUUUUUUAAUUGAUUGUUACUAACUGCUAAACACCACAUCUAACUGCUUCCAGUUCUUACAAAUUUUACUCUUGUGGGCUGUGAUGGGGAGAAUGCUAUCACUUCUUUACUCACUGCAUUGUGAAAGACUCCAGAAAGCAGUAGUGAAUAAUACUGACUACUCAUGUGAAAUAGAAGUGUAAGUAGCAUUGCAAAUGCACAGCUGCAGACGAGACACAUUUUCAUUUUUCUCCUCAACCGUUGUGUAGUUAUUGCAAUAUGAAGGUCUAUCUGUAAUUUAAGAUAGUUAAAGAGCAAACUUCUGUAUAGUUUUAAGUGGAUUAUUUUUACAAGUAAUGUAUUCCCAUCUAGAUUUUUUUCCUUCAUGUAUUUUAAAAGUCAGUUCAAAUACUUUAUUCCGUUUCAUUCUUUAUUUCAUUGUUUAUAGUCUUUCAUUCUUUACAAAGCAUGUCUAAACUUGAGUGAGUCUAGACAAUUGGGGGAUUUUAAUCAGUUUUUUCUAUUAUAGAAAUUUAUGGUUGUACCAAACAAAAUGAAACCUAUCCAUUUCUGCUGACAAAAAACAAUUUGUUUUGAGGUCUGUAGCUAACUGCUGAGACAACACUUAAUAUUAAUUCCUGUCAUCUGUGAAACGAAAUCUGCAGUUUCCUCAUUUUUCUGCAGAGGCUUUGAGACAGAUGCCUGUCUACCAGUUUGUUUGACUUUUAUGAGUAUCUUGAGAAGGAGUUUAGGAGAUGAAGCACAUGACAUCUACCUUUAAGACAGCAAAUCAAAGCAGGUAACUGUAUAGUGGCGAUUUUAAUGUAGAGCUAUGCCCCAGAGCAGCAGAGGUGAUGUCCACGGCCUCAGCUCGACCUUCAGAAUGUCCCUGAGGAGAAAGGGACAGGGUCAUGGGAACUGGCAGGCACAGCUGUGGGCUGUGCCAGCCUGGUCAGAGGCCUGCUGCACUGAGUGGCACCAGCUCGAACUCCUCUCCUAGAACAAAGCCUCCUUCAGAUUCUGCUUAAUUUGGGCAGCCUAUAGGCAAUCUAGCUGAGUCUGAAGAUGGAAGAAGUCACAAAAUAUUAGGCUUGAGUGUUCAUCAGUACAUUUUUUGGAGAAAAUUCCUGCCAGGAAUGAAACCUUAAAAUAGUUAAAAUCUAAAAAUCAUUAGUCAAGGAAAAAAGGGCAAAGGUUUUGUAAUCAAGUGCAAUUUUUGCUGAAAAGAAGCAGUUCUGGCUUGGGAAGCAGUGCUACUCUGAGCCACACAAACUUUGGUAAGAAUUUACCAAUGGCCUUCUAACCAGGGAAGCAGAGAGCAGCAUCUCUGAGGGACCACUGCCAUGAAGCCAGGCUGUUAGGGGAAACCAGGGCUUAAGUCACCAAAACUCACUUUCUUCCCCAUGUCUGACCAGCACUGAUCACUGCCAGAAAAGGGAAAGAAAAUUACUUAUUUUUGCAGGAGUUUGAAGUUUGGUGAUGACACCUGCAUCAAAGAUCGUGUAGCAGGCUCCACUCAGGGUGUUUGGGAACAGAAAGAGCUUGUUCAGUUCAAUGCCAUAUGGUUUUCCAGAGGAAAAUGUACUGUAGAGCAGCUCCCAGAGCAGGCCCAGCUUCUCAGCUGCACGUAAUAAAUGGUACUGGAAGGCACAACUGCAAACACAAUCACAUUUUACCAGCUUGAAGCUACAGACAGAUUUAGUGUGCCAUGAGCUGCAACCUCAACACCUACAUAGCACACUACAAGAUCUGAAAGUUUCCUUGUGCUGUGAACAGGUACCUGUCCCUGCUUUAUGGCUAGGGAAAUUGCACACAUGGGAGAGCUCAGCCAGCAAUAAGGACCAGCCCUGAUUUUCAGGAAAACUAGCACCAAAAGUUUUAGGGGCAGGGUAAGAGACAUGGCUUAGCUUGUGCAAAACAAGGUCCAAAUGGUGCUCAGGGUGCAGAGGUGUCAACACCAGCCAAGAGAGGAAUGCUAAGAUGCAGACUAUUUUGGAUUACACUACUCAGAAACACAUUCAGGCUGUAAAUUAGAGGUCUCUUAAUCAUUAGAACAACUUUGUUGUCUGAUAGCCUUCAAAUUAGGGUAGUCCAAGAUUAAAGGGAGCUUGUUUUUUCUCCUUCAAGCAGUGCUUGACACAUUUCUGAAAGCUGUAUGACAUGGUUCCUAUGGAGAUGGGAAACAUGAUUUGACAACAUGGACUUUUUUUGUUCCUGUUGCUAUGUAACUAGAAGUUAUUGAUAACCUGGGUUGAGUUUGGUUGGUGGGAAUUGGCCCCUCACCCUCCCUCCUACGUGAAGUUUUUUAACUUGCUAUUGAAGGAAUUUUUGCUUUUAUUCAUCAAAAAGUGGAUUAAUUUUUACCCUUUACACCUUUUGAUUUGGUUGAGUAGUCUUAUAAUUUACAGUCAAUAUUUCAGACACAUGGAAUUUCCCAAAUGUAAGGGAACUCUUUGCAAGGAGGGUUUUAGAAGGACAGAACACAAUAGUUGGAUUUCUCUCCUUCCUCAGUUUAACUCCCCCUCUCUACAGAAAACAGCAUUCAACAACACUCAACAAGUAGCUAAAGGUUUGGUCCCUCAAAAUGACACCUUUACAAACUGCCUGGUGUGUUGCAGGCUAGUUCCUCAUGGUCUUUGGUCAUGGUGAAACCACCACUGGUUGGUGCUCACCUCAGCAAGGCUGCAGGUAGUUCAGAAUGUGCUGCUCUGUCAUGAGGCAGGAAAAAGGUGAUGCAGAGAUUAAAAGCAAAAUGUUAAUAUGCCAGAUCAAAAGCCUUUACAGCAGUAGCCUAACAAUGUCCCUUACAAAAGCAAUUAAAUUAUAGUAUUUAUAUACAUAGAAACAUUUAUGUGCUGUAUUAAUAAUGCAUUCUGGAUAAUAAAUUAUCAAAUAAAUAAUAAUUUAUCAAUUAUCAUAAUAAAAUGAUAUAAAUUAUCAAACCAUACGCAUACAUUAAAAAACUGAUAUGCAAGUUUACUAUGUCCUCUUCCCCAGCUUCCUUACAGAGUUUCUGGCAGGAUAGUUAAUCCCAUGGUUCUGUUUUCUUAGGAUGAAAGCAAGUUUCUUUCCCAGAAUAGGGCUGGCUAGAUUAAAAUCAUUUGAGUCUUUUGUCAUCUUAAUCCGCUUAAAUUAGGGGAAACCUUCUGUCCUGUGUCCCCAGAGGAGAGAUCAGCAUUAGUCACCUGGCUGUAGAUUCUGUAAGAAAUAUUCCUUAUCUCACCCAUAGAGACAAAAAUAUAAUUGUCAGCAAAUUCAUAAAGAUACACACAAGCACAAAACAUACGAAAGGUGUUCUGGUUUUUUGAGAUGUGUCUUUGUAUGUGACAGCCUGACUUGUCUGUCACACACACCACCAAAGCCAGAUCUCCCCACUGCCUAUUUAAAACUUCAUAUAAACAAGCCCCAUGUGUCCAGGAUUCCUGCUGCAGAGGAUUUCUAUUGACAUCACAGAGGAGUUCUGAGGAUUAGUUACUUGCUGUUGCUACAGUGAAGAUGCCAAAUGCUGAGCAUUGGCAGGGACUUUCUGCAGCUUGAUAAAGCAGACAGCACUGCAGCAGUAAGAAGCAACCUACCACUGUUCCAGGUCUGCUGCCUUCAGCAAGGCCCAUAGGAAGGUGGGGAAUCUUCAGCUACUAAGUAGAGAUAGUUUAGAAGAAUUGUUCUGGUAGUUUUAUUGGUGGUGGCUUUUUCUUCUCCCCAAAGGAGGGAAGAAAUUUGUGAGUAAAAUUGCUCAAGGCUGCAGUAGUUUGCACUCUGGCUAGCACAGGGAACUUAGGCAGUAUGUUUGGGAUGACUUCGUGAUGGUAAUGGCAGGUUUUAAACGAGUGUGAUCAGAAAUAUCAAAUCAAGAGUAAAUAUUCUUGAAGCAGCCAUUCAUUUUUAAAGCACAGAAGCUUUAUAGACUAUAUAAAACUAUACCAGAAUACUAUACAACACUACUAUCUAAUACUAAUAAGGCUUUUACCAGAUCUUACAUAGCCAUUAGGGAAACCAGGAUUGGUUAGAAAACCUGAAUGGAAAUUGUACCCUUUCUGUACAAUUCUCCAGUAAUUCACGUGCUGGUUGACUCUUCUACCACAGUUAAGCAAAUUUAAGUGCCGCAACGCUUUUUGCUGCUGGCCCUGGAAAAGCUCCCUCCCCUCUUACAGGUCAGCUGCAGGCUUAGGCACCUACAGGUUUGGAACAGGACCAGCGGGGGUGUUGUGGGAAGCAUCACAGAGCACCUGCCCAGGAACCAGUGGAUGAGGUGUUCUGCAGGCAUCUGGCAUUUGCAUGCAAUGUGUAAGCAAUUCUGAGCAAGCUGUCCACCAUCAGAACAGCAUGCAAAUGUUUAAAUCUAUCCUUUAUAUUU